AGGUUACUACUUCCGUAUGACGUCAUAAAGUGGCCGUCUUGUUCAGCAGCAUGUGCCGCCAUCGGUGAAACAACUGAAUAGAAUUGGACAAGAAUGGAAGAGCCGCAGGUGGACGAAAUAGACACGAAUGAGUUUACUCGUAUUUAUGUGGAAAGAACUUUGGCCAUCAUUAAACCAGACGCUGUCCACAAAAGUGAGGAGAUUGAGGACAUCAUCCUGACGUCGGGCUUCACGAUCCUGCAGAAGAGGAAGCUUCAGCUGAGUCCAGAACAGUGCAGUGACUUCUACAUAGACCACCACGGAAAACUCACCUUCGACAGACUGACUGCUUACAUGAGCUCUGGUCCGAUCAUUGCCUUGACUCUAGCGCGGGACGACGCUAUAACCCUUUGGAAGUCCAUCAUAGGACCUGUCAAGGCCCCAGAAUGUCAUCCAGAAUGCCUUCGAGCAAAAUACGGCACUUGUGAGCUGCAGAAUGCCCUCCACGGCAGCGACUCCUUUCAUGUGGCUGAGCGAGAGAUCAAAUUCAUGUUCCCAAACACUCUGACCGUUCCCACCAGAGAAGAAACUGAAGAAUACUUGAGUCGAUACGUCAACCAAACAUUGCUGCAAGGACUCACUGAGCUCUGCAAGCACAAGCCAUUAAACCCCUGUGUUUGGCUUGCUGAUUGGCUCGUCAAAAAUAAUCCAAACAAGCCUCAAAUAAGUGACGUUGCUAUUGUGGAAGAAGAACAAUAAUGUCUAGGAAGAACCAAGAGGAAGGUGCGAUUCCAGUAAACGUUCAUUUAUUAAAAGUAUAUUAUUGGUAUUGAUUUCUGGCCAGUUCCAGGUCCUAAAUGGCUGUCAGAGUGUCCCGACUUGUUGGAUUCUCUUCCCAGCCAUCUACUUUUUAGGUGAAUUGCAUGAUUUUUGAUCUACAGGGAGCAGGGAAGCGAAGAAGCAGCAGACCACUUGAUGAUGUAAACAUAGGCACACAUGGAAGUGAUCACGUCGCCGCUAUUAAUACUUUGUCUGCGUUAACACUUAUAAGAACAAUAUCACUAAUACUUGGUUAAAGGCUUACUGGAAUGAAUUUUUUUUAUUUAAACGGGAAUAGCAGAUCCAUUCUAUGUG